CGAGGACGCACAAGCACAGUGUGGGAAAAAAGGACAAAAAGAACGGAAGGAAGAAAAAGAUCACUCAUUUUUUUUUUCUAAAUAAAAAAAAGAGAGAAAACAGUAUUUAAGCAUUUCUUUAGUUAAGGAAAGAAAGCAGGAAAUUUGUUAGAGAAAGAAGGGAACGCACGCGUGAAGAAGAAGAAGCAGAAGAAGAAGAGCUGCGGGAGAAGCUGCUUGCGUUAAUUCAGCUGAUUUCUGCGGGAGGCAGCGCGCGCGCCACGGCGGGGGAGAGAUGAAGGACCGCACACAGGAACUGCGGAGUGCUAAGGACAGUGAUGAUGAUGAGGAAGUCGUUCACAUUGACCGAGGAAACUUUAUGGAUGAGUUCUUCGAGCAGGUGGAGGAGAUCCGGGGCUACAUUGAGAAGCUGUCGGAGGACGUGGAGCAGGUGAAGAAACAGCACAGCGCCAUCCUGGCCGCUCCCAAUCCUGACGAGAAAACCAAGCAGGAGUUGGAGGAUCUCACAGCUGACAUUAAGAAGACAGCAAAUAAAGUACGCUUAAAAUUAAAAGCAAUCGAGCAAAGCAUUGAACAGGAGGAGGUGAUGAACAGAUCAUCAGCAGACCUGCGAAUCCGUAAGACACAGCAUUCCACCCUGUCGCGCAAGUUUGUGGAGGUGAUGACCGAGUACAACACGACGCAGUCCAAAUACAGAGAUCGCUGCAAAGACCGCAUUCAGAGACAGCUGGAGAUCACUGGAAGAACGACCACCAACGAGGAGCUGGAGGACAUGCUUGAGAGCGGGAAGCUCGCCGUCUUCACUGAUGAUAUUAAAAUGGACUCCCAGAUGACCAAACAGGCCCUGAACGAGAUUGAGACUCGUCACACAGAGAUCAUCAAGCUGGAGAACAGCAUCCGCGAGCUGCACGACAUGUUUGUGGACAUGGCCAUGCUGGUGGAGAGCCAGGGGGAGAUGAUUGACAGAAUCGAGUAUAAUGUUGAACAUUCGGUGGAUUAUGUAGAGCGAGCCGUUUCUGACACCAAGAAGGCUGUUAAAUACCAGAGUCAGGCGCGCAAGAAGAAGAUUAUGAUCAUCAUCUGCUGUGUAAUCUUGGGCGUGGUCCUGGCAUCCACUAUCGGAGGAACUCUGGGCUUCUAGACUCGCAGAGUGCUGACGAAGAGGAGCAAACACACACACAUACACACACACGUAUAUAUAUAUAUAUAUAUAUAUAUAUAUAUACUCUCACACCGCUAGGAGAUACAAAAACUCCUGUUGCGUUAUAAAUCACAUAAAAACAAAAACACACCAAAAAAAACUAAAAUAUAACUAGCGGAUUAAACCAUAUAUGAGAAGAGAAGGGAUUGAAUAGAUUAUAAAUGUUCUAUUUACACACACACACUGUACAUGUAAAUGUAUUGAACAGGAGAAACAGCACAUGGGUUUAAACACCUGUACAAAUAUAACGCUCUUCAUUUGCUUCUUCUUCUUUUAUUCAAAUUCUUUGUUGUUGUUUUUCUUUUUACUUUUUUUUUUUAUUUAUGUUUUUUUUUUUCUCCAGGGUGUUUAUUCCAGGACAGCGCCAUUGGCUGGCUUGUGUUCGAACCUUUAGCUCGCGCACCUCCUCUCAAGGGGGCGUGAGAAACGCUAACGGUCACGGGUUCGUCAGGAGGGACUCGUCCUUUAAUACAACAGCACCGCGUUUAGUUUUAAUAAACCAAAAAAAGUUACAAACAGGUCGCGUGAACACGUGGUCAUGCUAGCACAGGUAUAUAACGUGCCACCAAGAGAGACGUGUUAAACUAUGCAGCUUUCAUACAGAGACGCUCCUGCUUUUAAUAACGUUAACACGGAGAGUGGAAAGCACUAUAAAUAAAAUGUAAAUGAAUUCUAGAGAACAUUAACAGAUUAGCACACGACUAGAUUAAGGUUUAGUAAUAUUUCAUUUUAAUUUCUAUGUGCAUAUGCAACACCACUGCUGCUUUAUUUUUAUUUCCGAUGUUUUAAAGCAUCAAAUCGCUUUUUUAAUUAAGAUUUUUUUUGUUUUGUGUUGUUUAAUAUCUUAAAGUCUUUUUCGUUCAUUUCUUUGUGACUGAUUUCAGGCUGCGUCCCAAAUUUUUCAGCACCACCCUACAAGUAAAAGCGUUACUCAUCUGUAGGGGGUGUGUUUAUGGGCGGAGACCAAGAUAUCACAUGAUCUCUAUAGGUGAAUAUAUACUUUUUAUAUUUAUAACUUUUAUUUUUGACUUGAGGCGGAGAUGUGUUUAGUUUCUGCUUCACCUUCUUCAAACCCAACAUGAAUUCCUAAAGCUUUGCCAAAGACCGUCUCUGAUUGGCUGACGCAUGGACGCAUCAGCACUUUUUUUUUUAACAUGAUGUCAAUCCAUACAUUGUUCUUUUUAAUAUUAAUGAUAGCGACGCUUCACUUCAAGAAAAACAAAAAUCCCUAAAUGUAUGUGAAGCUCUGCCUUUCAUCAGCUCCUUCAACUGAAAUGGCUCCGCCCCUAUUUCCCCAUUUCAGUGGAACCCAUACUAGCAGUCAGUGGUGUUAUGUGCGGACUUUGGGACCCAGUGACGGGGAGAUAAACGUGGCGACAGUGCCGAAUCCCGCUAGAUGAGAAUAUAUAAACCUGAUGUUUAUCAGAUGCUCCAGUCCACAUGGGGGCAUGUUAGAGUCCCUCCGUUCGAACCGCGACCCUCGCUCUGCUCUAAGGCGCAUAUGAUAUUAGUAUUUGUGAGUCACUGUAAUAUGGUGUGUGUUGUAUCUCACUGCAGCAUGGUUUAGUCAUGUGUGUGUGUGUGUGUGUGUGUGUUGAGUGUCAGACGCGUACACGUAUGGGGUUCGAUAUGCGCGUCGUUGUCGUUGCUGUUUAUUUUUUACUCUUCGUCAAAAAGGCAUGCAACGUCUGAUUGGUCGGUUUUUGCAUGAUGACUUAUUGAUCAAGUGUGCACUUUACAGUCCGAGAACACACACCAUCACACAGUCCAGCUUUUAUCUACCAGGUUGUGGUGGGGGAGGGGUCUUUAUUACUCACACACACUGAGUCAGGUUCUGUUUUCAUAACUUAUCUUGACUUAUAUUGGUUUUUAAGUGCAAAAAUAACAGAUAGAGAGCUGGGGAUAAAUGUAAGGGCUCCGAGACGGUGCUGUGGGUUCUGGAGGUUCCUUUUUCCACUGUGCGUCUUUUUUAUCAUACCUGUUUUGUGUAAGCGUGUGUGUGAGUAAUAAAACUCAGAGAUUUAUGCUAACUUGAUAAUUUGCUAAGCUGCUUAUUUAUGAAUGAACUCAGACGUUUUUUCGCUUGUUAGCCGUUUUAAGCUUUUGCAGUUGCUCAGAAGGCAGCGGUUUAUAUUUUCGGUCGGCGGUGACGUCUAAUCUCACAUUUUAUCACAUGUCCUCUCUGCUCAGAGACAUCAUCAGAUAUUAAACCCAGAAUCAUCAUACAGAUAAUAACACUGACAAUAAUGUGGGCGCUGACCUGGAUGAAAGAUUUCUCACUCUUUAUAAAUAUAUUUAUUUAUAUAUUUAUUUAUUUAUGUAUGUAUGUAUUUAAUAAUAAUUUUUUGUAAGUAAGAGAUGAGUUAAGUGUAAGUUUUUUUUUUGAGUUUGUUAAGAAAUUUCACAAAAUUGUACAAAAGGAAAAAAGCAUACAUUUUUGUUUUGUGACUUUCAGCGACCUCAAAUGUUUAGCUUUUGUUUGUUUUGUUUGCUUUUUAAAAUAUUAUAAUUGUUUGUUUUUUUUUCCUUUGAUUUCUGUCCUUGUUUGUCAAUGUGUCAGUGGAUUUCCCCACUCCACUUUGGGGACAGUGUUUCUGCGCUCCGGUGUUUAUGAAGGAGCGCAGAGGAUAUUUAUAAAUCACAUAUAUCUCAUAAUCAGAAAAAAUAUAAAAUAAAAUCCAGUGACGUUUUGCAAAGGGGGAGGGGAUGAGGAAGAGGAGGAGGAUAUGAAUAAUGGAAAAUGCUGAGCGACCAAUCCGAUCUGAGGAAGUCGCACUAAGAGUCACGUUGACGAUAUUUGCUUGCGAUUUAGUCGAACCGAUCUGGAUCUUUGUGUCUGUAAUUAUUGUAAAUAAUUUAAAGAGAGAUUAAAAAAGACCUGCAUGUCUAUGUAUAAAACAAUCUCAGCGGUUCCUGUCAAAGUUGACACUUCUUGUUUUUUUUCUUGUUGUUUAUUUUUUUCCCGCCCCGGGUAUCCGUCUCUCCGUCCGCCUGCAGCUUUUAUUUUUGAAAUUUAUCUGGAUGAAUUUGAGACAGAUCCGACCUCCAGGCGGUUAGUUUGAAACAAAUACGCUCAGAGUUCUCCGGAGGAGACUCUGAGAAACGUGCUUCCUCCAUUUCUCUCUCUCUCUCUCGCAGGUGGAAACGAAAAACAGCAGCCGGGGUCAAAGGUCACGGUUUAUCUCUGGCGCUCUGGAUGAAUAAACGCAGUCGCUCGUCUCCCUAAUUAAAAGCGCAAGGUCUGCGAGUGUAGACGCAGCUGUAGAUUAGCGAUUAUUAAAUCUUUUUUUGCUUGGCUGAUAAUCGAUUCUGCAAAAUUUGAUUUUACAAUAUUUUGGGCAGAGGUGAAGUCCGUCUCAUGUGGACGCUUUUCCGCAUGAGACUGCGUCCCCAUCAUCCCGCUUUUGCUCGGAGUGAGGGUUGAGCUCCCACUCGCCUGUUCAUUUGUGUAACAAGUCACUACGCAGUGAUCUAACAUUAGACGUAAACCUGUGCAAUACUCAGCAAAGGGCUGAAUGAGUGAACCACCAUAGACCCGCCUGCAUUUUUUUUUUCCACCAGUAAAGGAUGAGACGGACGACAAUAACCGGGCUGGGAAAACGGAUUGAGAUUAAGGAGGACAAUUAACAAGCUGCAACUUUGGCGGGAAUCACCACGUUGUGUCCUUUUUUUUCCCUGUGUGUGUGUGUAUGUGUGUGUACUGUAUUGUAUAAAAAGAAAACACAGAAACACGCUAUCUUUCCCUCGCUCUCUCUCUCUCUCUCUGUCUAUCUCGCAUUCUCUCUUUCUCUCGUACUACUGUUUGCUGUUCUGUUUAGUUAGUGUGACGUGCCAGUAUACCCUCUUGACCUUUGACCCCUGUGCCCGCACUCUUUACCCCCUCUCUCCAUGGAUCUUUAAGACGACGACUCUAUGCAGAUGCUGUCUUUUAUAAGUGUGUCAAAAAAAAUUUAAGUUUGAAAAGAAAAAAACAUGAAAAAAGAGAAACCCCGUCCAACAGACAUUAUGAAAUGAAACAGAAAAUGAAUAAAGAAAAGCAUUGUUCAGUGUAGUGA